GCAACUCUGUGCGUCAAAUACCGCCAUUUACAAACAAGUGCUUACAAAUGCUUCACGAAUUGUUGCUCGCAUUAACUGGUCACAGUGGUGGUGUUUUUAGAGAUUCUGGGGAUGGAAUAAAGGUUGUUGCAGAUUUGCCUUUCAUUCACCCAUCAGAAGUGACAAUAUUGAAUGAUUUAUGUCGUCUUGGAACCCAGUACAGUACUUUUCAGAGAUUUAUUUGUAACCAUGGAACUAGCUUCAGCAUCAAGACCAGACUUCAAGAUUCGAAAUCUGCUCCACAUGGGCUGUACAUACAGUCUUUCUGCUGUGGACUAGACCAGGUUUUGCAAGACUAUCGCCAAGCACUUUUAGACCUCGAACAAGAAAUUCUUCGAGAUCCACAUUUGCCAGUGUCACAUCUACAAUACAAGCUGCAAGACUUUCAGCUUCUUUUCCAAGCUCUGGGUGCAGUUCUUGAUCAGAUUAUCACACACAGGGCUCAUGGCUGUUACUUGUUGGAUAUUCUUCACAGAAAUGCAGUAUGUGGACUGCCAAAAGUUAAGGAUGCACUGGAAAGGAUUCUUCAUGUCUGCCAUGGAGUGAUGUUCAAGCAGCUAUGCUCAUGGAUGCUGCAUGGACUGAUUCCGGACCCCAACCAGGAAUUUUUCAUCCAGCAUGCUGUAGGGAGCCCAACUGAUGCCAAAAGUAUGGCUAAAGCCAGUCCACAAACUCAAGAGGAUGAAGGAGAUCUAGGCAUCAUGGGAAUUACUGGGCGCCAAAUGCAGGCAUUGCGGAGCUUGACCUUACCAGAUGUUGACAGCACAGCAGAUUUGACUGGGCAUGUUGUCCAAGCUGAGCUGCUGCCCAGCUACAUCCCACUACGUGUUGCCAACAAAAUAUUAUUUGUUGGAGAAUCUGUGCAGAUGUUUGAGACAAAUCAGCAGGCCACCCAGCAUUCUGGUCGGUUCAUGAAAGGACGGGAAGCAGAGUUUACAAGAGACAUCCAGCAGCUUGCUCAACAGCCACUGUUCAGUGCCUCAGUAUUUGAAAGCCUCGUAGACAAGAUACGCACACAUGUUGCAGAGCAACUGUGGGUAAUGGUAGUGCAGGAAGCAGACCUGACUGGCCAACUGCGAGUCAUGAAGGAUUUUUUCUUGCUGGGACGUGGGGAGCUAAUUCUUGCCUUCAUCGAUCAAGCUCAGCACCUUCUAAAAGGGCCCCCCACGGGCAGCACAGAACAUGAUGUGAACACAGCCUUCCAGCAGGCAGCACGUAAUGUAUUGCUGGAGAAUGAAGCAAUACUGCAGCGUUUUCGAUUGACAGUCACCACAGCCAGUCCCACUGGCAUCACUUCCAAAACAGAGGAGAAAAAGACUUUAGAUGGAGCUCAGUUGAAUUCUGAUGCGGCUGUAGAGACAGGCUGGAACUGUCUUGGUUUGGUCUACACUGUUCAGUGGCCUCUCCACAUUUUCUUCACUCCAUCCAUCCUCAAGAAGUAUAAUCGUGUUUUCAAGUUCCUGCUAGCUGUGCGGCGCACACAGCAAGACUUACAGUCACUGUGGUCACUACAAAUGUGCAGUAAAAAAAUGAAAGAUGGUGCACACCCUGCAGAUACCAAGAUGGUGUGGCAACUGCGGCACCACAUGUCCUUUUUGGUUGAUAACCUGCAGUAUUAUUUGCAGGUUGAUGUUAUUGAGUCACAGUACGGAUUGUUGUUGGAUAAGAUUAAUUCCACACGUGACUUUGAGGCUGUCAAACUGGCACAUGAGCAUUUCCUGGCAGCAUUGCUGGCACAGAGCUUUGUGCACAUGAAGUCGGUUUCACACUGUUUAUAUGAAAUCCUGGAUCUCUGCUCAUCCGUCUGUCGUCUCCUUGCUGUCAGCACCUCACCAUCUGUGGCCACAGAACAUGCACAGCUGACCACUAUCACCAAGAGCUUCCAGCGACAGUCCAACAUCUUGUUUCGCAUUUUAUCCAGUGUGUCCAGCCACAACGCUAGCCCUCACCUGACCCAGCUACUUUUGCGUUUAGAUUUUAACAAGUACUACACAGCUGCUGGAGGUCAGCUUGGCAGUGUCUGAUGAGAUUUUGAGAGACACCAGGCAUGCUUCUUCCUGGAUUAUGUGCUUUAUGAACCAUUAAAAAAAAAACAACAAAGAUUGGACAUAAACUAGAAGGGUUUGGAAUACCAUGGACAAUCCAGAUGAAAACAACCAAUGCAGCAUGAAAUAGAAUAUAUAUAUAUGUGACUUUUUCCUCAUGCAUGUCAAUUUUUUGACAUUUUCUCUCUGGAAAAGAGCUUGUAUGCAGCCAAAAUAAAGCUGAGAAAGAACCCUG